AUGGCCACCGACGCGACCCGCGCAACAGAUGCACAAGAAGACGCAGAUCAAAAUGAUGUGUCGUCUUGUCUCCUUACGCUCCAAGAGCCGUCGCUGGCAUCGAGCAACGAAGAGCGACUGUCGCUGGCUUUAUUGGGGCAGGAAGGCAGUGUCUUGGGCCACGCGUCGUCUCGCGCGCACGGCGACGUGACGCGGGAGCUCUGUGUAGACGUUACUUGCGGCCUCUCGGAGCUCUCGGUACGUGAGCGGCAGCGCGAGUGUGGCCUGAACGAGCUCGCAGGGAGGGAAGACGCGUCUAUUGUUGUCAAGUUUGCAGGCCAGUUCCAGGACCCGCUCAUUCUGCUACUGAUGUCUUCGGGUGUCGUGAGCGUCGCGAUGGGACACACGGACGACGCCAUGUCCAUUGCUGUGGCCAUCACGAUCGUUGUGACGGUGGCUUUUGUGCAGGAAUACCGCUCGGAAAAGACACUGGACGCGCUCAAAGAGCUCGUGCCGCCACAUUGCAAAGUGCUGCGAGAUGGCACAGUGGUAGACACGCUAGCGAAGGAACUAGUGCCUGGCGACAUUGUGGUCGUGGACGUAGGGGACCGCGUGCCAGCUGAUGCGAGGUUGGUGGAAGCCGUGGACCUUGAGGUGGACGAGUCAAACCUCACGGGUGAAAACUCACCUGUCGUCAAGAUGACGGACGUCAUUGCCGACAGUCAUUUGCACCCGAUUGCUGAGCGCAAGAACAUCAUUUAUAUGGGCACAUUGGUGCGCGCUGGUCGCGGACGAGCUGUUGUGGUCGGUACUGGAGCGCGUACUGAGUUUGGACAGGUCUUUGACGUAGUGCACAAAGUAGAGGAGCGCAAGACGCCACUGCAGAAUAGUAUGAACACACUCGGCAAGCACCUCAGCAUGUUUUCACUUGCCGUCAUCGCAGUGAUUGUGGUAAUCGGUGUGAUCCAGCACAAGGGUGUGUUGACGAUGCUUCAAAUCGGUGUCUCAUUAGCAGUGGCUGCCAUCCCAGAGGGUCUGCCGAUCUGCGUGACUGUUACGCUGGCAUUUGGGGUCAUGAAGAUGGCAAAACGCCACGCUAUUGUGAAGAAGCUUCCUGCUGUCGAGGCACUUGGCUGUAUCAAUGUCGUCUGCGUGGACAAGACGGGCACCAUCACGACGAACAAGAUGGAGGUGAUGGAAAUAUUUGUUCCGUCUGAAAUUGUGACUGCUCACGUCAAUGGCGUUGGCGAGCAAGAUUCGCAGGCGUCUCCCUCUAGCACGGCCCAAGAGAAAGCUCGUCCGACCGUCACUAUGCGUGGGGAACCUGUCACAGAGGCAUCGCACCCUCAUGUUUACCAUUGCUUGCUGUCCGGUGCACUGUGUAACAAUGCAACGAUUGUGGACCGUGAGGUCAUUGGCCAAGCAACGGAAGGUGCCGUCUUGCUUUGCGCGCAGAAAGUGGGAAUUUGUCCCUCGAUAACGCAGCAAUUCCGUCGUGUUAGCGAGGUGCCUUUUAGCUCGGAAAAGAAGUGGAUGGCUGUGUGCUGCGAGUCACCAUCGGGUGGUCCAGCUCGCUGGCAUCUGAAAGGCAUGACAGAGGCUAUUUUGCCACGCUGCGAUAAGAUUGAAGAUGACCGUGGUUGUGAGAAGGAGAUGACGUCGACUGACCGUGAGCACAUCUUCGUGGCAUCCCAGCAGAUGGCGGCUCGUGGUCUCCGCGUUCUAGCACUGUCGUUCGGCGAGCACUCAGACCGUGGCAUGGUCUUUGCUGGGCUUUUGGGAAUCUCAGACCCGCCUCGCGCAGGGAUUGAAGCGUCUAUCCUUGAACUGUCUACGUGCGGGGUUAGGACCGUGAUGCUUACGGGUGAUUCAAAGGAUACUGCUAUUGCGAUAGCUGCCAAAGUGGGCAUCAUUUCGAACCAAAGUUUUGGCAAUGCUGAUUACGACGGUAGGAGAAAUAGCGCGGUGGAAGAGAUGGUAAUGUCGGGCCAGGAGCUGGAGAUUAUCGACAUGGUGGAGCUCGAGCAGCGCAUUUUGAAAACAUGCGUGUUCUACCGGACAUCGCCUCACCACAAGCUGAAGAUUGUGCAGGCUCUUCAAGAGGUGGGGUUAAUGGUGGCGAUGACUGGCGACGGUGUGAAUGAUGCACCUGCACUGAAAGCAGCAGACAUUGGCAUUGCCAUGGGCAUAAACGGGACUGAUGUUUCAAAAGAGGCUGCUGACAUGAUUUUGCUCGACGACAACUUCAGCACAAUCUUGUGCGCCAUGGAAGAAGGCAAGUCAAUCUACCACAACAUCAAGCAUUUUCUGCGCUUCCAGCUCAGCACGAGCAUCUCUGCACUAUGCUUGAUUGCGUUUUCCACGCUGUUCAACUUGCCGUCUCCCUUGAAUGCCAUGCAAAUCCUGUGGAUUAACAUCAUCAUGGAUGGCCCCCCAGCACAGAGCCUUGGCGUGGAGCCAGUUGACCAUGAUGUGAUGAGAGAAGGCCCGCGGUCUAGAGACGCCAAUAUCAUUACGCGCGCGAUGAUCUGUCGUGUGCUGACAUCAGCCUGCUUCAUCGUAUGCGGCACCCUUUACGUCUUUUGGGUGGAGUUGAGUGUGGAUGGUACGGUAAGCAAGCGCGAUCGCACGAUGAGCUUCACCACUUUUGUGAUGUUUGACAUGUUUAAUGCGCUCUCGUGCCGGUCAAACGACAAGUCCAUCUUCGAGAUCGGCAUUUUUUCCAACACGUUCUUCGCCUUCGCAGUGGGGGCAUCGCUACUGGGCCAGCUCCUCGUCAUCUACUUCCCACCGCUCCAGGCGGCGUUCCAGACCGAGGCAUUAACGGCUGGCGACCUGAUCUACAUCUGCAGUAUUGCAUCGACCGUGCUCAUUUUUGACGAAGUCCGCAAGUGGCGCGAGCUACGUGGGACAAUGCGCUCGCCCGUUGCCGCCGGCUUCAAGCAGACGAAGAGAAAGAACUCGGGGGAUAACGGCGGAAAGAGCUUUGAUGUCGUGUAG